ACCCCAAGGUUUAUCCAAAUGAUCUGUGUUUCACUUUCUUCCUCUUUGUCUCCGUUACCAGCUGGCUGCAUGCAUUGUGAUGGAGUACGCCAGUGGAAACAGCUUGGAGAAAUUCAUUAAGCGCACUGGGAAACUGAAGAUGGACGCUAUAACAUUCUACACAGCAGAGAUCAUAUGCGGCCUGCAGUUCCUCCACGCCAACGGGAUUGUCCAUCGGGACAUCAAACUGGAUAACAUCCUGUUGACCGGCGAGGGACACAUAAAGAUCGCUGACUUUGGUGUGGCUGUAGAGGGAAUGUUUGGCCAGAGGAAAGUUAAAGGCAAGGCUGGAACAGUGAAAUACAUGGCCCCAGAGGUGAGUUGCUCUGAAUAAAAUUAUAUAGCUCAGAGGAAUUAGAAAACCUGAUCUCUUUGCUAGUUUACAUUGAUUUUAUCAUCACUUCAACUGCUUAGUAUUUAGAGUUUGUAGCAUGUUCUUUAGUUUUAGGGUCAGGCCACACUGG